UUAAAAGCCGAACAAAAACCCUACAUGCGAAGGUCGCUCGCUCAAAACUAAAUGCUUAAACCCUUAAAAGCCGAACAAAAACCCUACAUGCGAAGGUCGCUCGCUCAAAACUCAGUCUGCAACAUUGUUUCUCGUAUCAAUCGUUUUCUUUACCUUUCCUUGCCUUGCCUCGAGCGACCUCAAUGGCGGCCCGUUAUGGAGCAUCUUCGUUUUCGAGGGGUGCGAGGUCUGCGUUUUAUUCAUUCAGAAAUUCCUCUUCGGCAUCACAAACAGCCAGACCUCCUCGCAGAAUAAGAAACCUGUUUGAAAAUGGAAGCCCGGGCAUCAACAGGCGAAGACUUGCACAGACAAUGGUUCCUUUACACGCUGCUGUUUCUUCCGCAUUGCUCGUUACCCGCCUCAGCAUCAGCUCCCGCAGUUCCCACUCCAUUUCUCGCGGGAGUUAUAAAGAGACCCUUACACAUACUGUAGGUUUGAUCAAGAGCAGGUCAUCCACACGGGCUUCAGGGCCAUUUCUACUCUUCUUAUCAGAUGCUGCCGGUGUCGGGAGCUCAUCAGACCUUGCUGGUUUGAAGCCAAUUCCAUGACUAAUGAAUGUGCUGGAAGAUGAUCAACUCAAGGUGCUAGAAAUUCAUCUGGAUUUAGUUAUUUCAGCUCCCAAGAGGGAAUCUUGCGAAUGACUAGGGUUUCUCUGGAUAAAUAUAUUAGAGAAUGAAUGUUUACUGUAAGGAGCAACUAUUUGAACGUAUCAGUGCAGUCAAAAUAAUGCAAAAUUCAAAUAAUGUAAGAUUUGAUACUUAAUAAUUGCACCAACAAAAUUCUUAGACUGCAUUCAAGAUGAUCUUUUGAGGUUUUCUUUUGAAAUACAGGACUAUUUCGAUUCUUUAUAGUUCUCUUCUUGAUAGGAGCGGGAAUCAGUUUAUCAUAUGGUUAAGAUACUUCGAGUAGUCAACUUUCAACUUGUUCAAUAUAUUUUAUUUUAGCGGUUCUCUUUA